CACGCAAAAAAGAGAAAACCGAAAAGAAACCAAAGACAGCAAGCAAGACAUAAUUUACUGUCCACUCAAACCACUUCUGUCCCAUUAUCCACCAUUACGAACAGUGUGACCAAAACAACACUAAUACUCAUUGAAUAUUAUGCAAAUAAACGGCACUUCUUCUGGUCCUACAAUGGCUGCGUCUGAGCCACCAGAACCACCGCCGCGCAAUCCGGAUCGCAUUAACGCUUCGCUACACAAACUGAGCGAAUCUAAAAAUAUCAAAUCUCUCGACUCGAGCAUAGCAACGAUAAACGAAAAARCAAUCAACAAUAAUAAACCGUUAAAACCGAUCUUGUCAUUAGAUCACGGCAACAGUGCUGUUGUUAACACCACAAGUUUUAGCAGCAGCGCUACCACUGCAACACCAGCCUCGAAUAGCAAAGGUGCAACGGCAACAAGCGCUACAACAGCUGUUACAACGUCGAAUAUAUCUUCCGUGGCAAAUUUAUCAAGCUGCAGCACCACUUUACAAUCAACUACACCAGCAGCGCCACUCGUUUAYACUAAACGCGCUGCAGCAGCGGCGGCAGCGGCUACACCAGCAACAACUGCCACCGCAACAACGGUUGUAGAUAUCACACCGGUUGUAAGCACCGGUGAUAGCGUCUCGCCGCUCAGUUCGAAUGGCAGCAGCAGCAAUCAAACGCUCAUCUCACCAAUGACGAUCGAUAAUCAGCAGCAUCGCCUAAGUUUUCCCAAUAAAAACGAGGUGCAUGCAGCACUUAUGGCACAACAACAGCAACAACAUUUAAAUGGCACCAAUGCAACGACAGAGCUAUUCAAUGGUGGCGUUGCCGGCACAGCGGGCAGUAAUGCAUUGAACGCCAACAAUGCGAAUGCGAAUUUAGCGGCGACGUCUGUGGGGGCGGCGAAUCAUUCGAACGCAAUAAAUAGCACAGAUUCGCCCACAAAACUGCGCGAGGAAAACGAACGUCUUAGCGCGGAAAUACAMCGCCUACGAAAACUUUUGGAAAAUUCACCAGAGGGCGCUGUUGGCGGUGUUGACCUUUCUGAUUCCAAUAGCUGUGGCGAUGCACAUUCAACCGAUGGCAGCGGUAGCAUGCCACAACAACGUGUCGAUCGGCUGGAAGCAGAGUUACGUUCGGCAAAAAGUCAAAUAAUGACUCUACGCAUUGARCGCAAGAAAUUACGCGCCGACAAAAGUGAACUGCUCGCACAGGUAAAGCAACUCUGCGCCUCACUACAAGACAAGGAACAGGAACUGCGUGAUUUUAUACGUAAUUUUCAAGAUCGUGUGCGCGAGACUGAAWCAAAUAAUGCAAAACUGACUGGUGAUCGCGAGCGCGAGCGYUGGCAAUUGCUGAAACAGGCGCGCGAUGAGGCCGAACGCUCGUUGUCGCUGGCGCAGCAAUURAAUGCGCGAGACCUACAGCUGCAACGUUUGCAAGAUCAACUACAAGAGGCGCGACGYCAACUCUCCGGCUGUUUGUCCGAUCAGGAGAGUUUAUUGUCGUUCGCACCAUUAACACCGCCAUCGGCCGCUUCCGCUAUGAUCAAUCAAAUGAACGCAACAGCAACAGCGAACAGUGCAAUGCGCAACGACGACAGUGGGCGUGGAAAUUCGAAUUCACUGUCAGCGUUUAGCAGCAGCUUGAGUGGAGGCUCUGGCGCUACGGCAGGYGACCGCAAUUCUUGCUCGAACGAUUCGGGYUUACGAAACAGUAGUGAUCGCGAGAGCACUGGCGGCGAUUUAAACUUUAGUGAUGGCACUUGCGAGAAUGGCCCAUGUAUAACAGUGGAUCCAGAUAGCAUUUCACUGGUCUCUAGUCAAAAUAUGUAUCAAUAUGGCACACCCAAAGAACGUAGUCCAACUUUGUCACCACUGAACUCUGCCGCUUACUCAAGAUCCGUAGAGCAACUUGGCUCGCCCGUGGAGUCGGAUGGUCCGGGCGCAGUUGCACGUAAAUUUGCACCAAAAACCGGCACACUAAGUGCACGCAAUGGACGCGGCGGUACUUGGGGUAGUAUUUCUCGUGUAUUUGCACGCUCUCGUAAUAAAAAUAAAGCUCUUUCAGCAGAUGGCACUGUUGAAUUAACUCCCUAUCUUUCAGACGCCGACUACUCAUGGAGUCCACUCUCCGAAGAGGGUUAUGCCGAGAAAUUGCGUCUACUGCGUGACGCCGCACAACUGCCAAUGGAGCGAUGGCGCGCAUCACAAGUGCUCGCUUGGCUGGARGUGGCGCUCGGCAUGCCACAAUAUAGCACGCGUUGUGCGGAGAAUGUGAAAAGUGGUAAGGUGUUGCUUGAAUUGAACGAUGGUGAAUUGGAAGCCGGUUUAGGCUUGGUACAUCCCAUGCAUCGUAAAAAACUACGUUUGGCCAUUGAAGAACAAAGGCGUCCAGAAUUGGUACGCUAUCCCAUGAUUACACAGCUGGGACAUACUUGGGUGGCCUCCGAAUGGCUGCCGGACAUCGGCUUACCACAAUAUGCCGAUUCGUUUCUGCAUUCGCUGGUUGAUGCGCGCAUGCUGGACACUCUGUCAAAGAAGGAAUUGGAGAAGUUUUUGGGUGUGACGCGGAAAUUUCAUCAAGCGAGUAUUGUGCAUGGCAUCCACGUGCUUCGCAUUGUCAAAUAUGAUCGCCAAACACUGGCCAUGCGUCGUGUACAAUCGGAAAAUGUGGACACCGAUCCAAUUGUGUGGACCAAUCAGCGAUUCAUACGCUGGGCGAGAUCAAUUGAUUUGGGUGAAUAUGCUGAGAAUUUAAAAGACAGCGGCGUACAUGGCGGUCUUGUCGUAUUGGAACCAUCAUUUUCCGGUGACACCAUGGCCACAGCACUGGGUAUACCGCCCUCUAAGAACAUCAUAAGACGUCAUCUCACAACAGAAUUCGAUGCGCUCAUAUUGCCCGCAAGAGCAACCUUGGGCCAAGGCAUACGUUCCGGUUGCGGCAUAGUACCGAUUACGGGACCGGGCGGCUUACAGCACUAUGCCACAACUGAUCGCCGCUCCAAUGGCGCAUUGCGGCAGAUAUCGGCAUGGAAAGGAUCACAGAGUUCUCUCUCUAAAGCCUUCCGUUUCAAUACAAAAUCAUCACGCAGCGGAAGCUCCAUUGGGGAUCGUUCAUCCUUCGGCAACUCCACCUCUCCCACACCAUCGUAUAGUAGCUCCGAAGGUGGUGGAGGAAUUUACGCCACUAUAGGCGGCCAUCCACCACACUCCGCACCAUUCUACUCCACCAGCACACAUCACUUCCCGCCACCGACAACAGCGCCACCACCACCACCACCCUCAACAUCAGCGCCCGGUCUUGGAGCACAAAUAGGGGGCGGCGGUAACAUCUUCAACUAUGCACCGCCGGGACAUCGUGUGAGUGCACCACCGGUGAGCAGUAGCAGCACAGCCGAAUCAAUGACAGAUCCAAAUACUUUGUACGAACAACAUCGACGUGUGAAAAGCAUCAGCGAUAUUGGCAUGUCGGCCGGCAUCGCUGGUAGUGCUGGUAGUGUGGGCGGCGCAGGUAUGGGUGCAACGGCCGCAACGACGACGUGCAUCACAAGUGGCACGACAGCAUCGCUCAAAAGCGCCGGCAGCAUGGGUAGUAGUAGUGGUGGCGGUUUGGGCAGUCGUAGCGGCAGCGUCGGUGGUGGUGGCAGCGGUAGCGCUGGCGGUUGUGCUUCUGGCUCUUCCGGCUCACCUGUAUGAGAAUCAGUUAUCAUGUAAGGCGCGUCGAAUGCGCACUUACAUACCGACAUGCAUGCAUGCAAACAUACAUAUAUACUAAGUAACUAGCUAAAUAAAAGAGAGAUACAAAAUUGCAGUGGGACAAAAGCGCCGACUUUAUGAUAAAAAGUUGGUAUUUGUGGUACAUAUUUGUGAAAUAUCGAAAAGUAUAGAAGCAUUGUUAAAUGCUGCAGCUUUUAAUUUACGUAAGUAUGCACUAGUAAUACGUAGAUCAGUGGCAUAACGUAAGCUCAUCAAUGUGGGCCACACAAACACAAAUACAAUCACAUAAAAGUUUAGCUAUAAUAUACAUAAAAAUUUUUGUGACAUUGGA